AUGGCAUGGCAAAGAGUUACAGACCCUGCUUCUGGACGGGCGUACUAUUACAAUGACGAAACUCAGGUGACACAGUGGGAGUUCCCGGAAGACGUGCUCGACUCAGCGUUGAGAGAACACGGCUGGGACAAGGCGACGACGGAGAGCAAUGGGGUGGCGAAGAUGUACUUCUUUUCUGCGGCCGGGGAAAGUCUAUGGGAGGUACCUGCUGCGGUAAUGGCGCAUCUGCAGGGGCUUUUUGGCAGCGAUUUGAGCCAAGACGAAAUCAAGGGUGAGUCUACGGAAGAAACAUCGGUGGACAUUGGCCAGGCUGUAGAGAAGGAGGGGGGAAAUGCUAACGGUAGUGAUUCUGUAGCUGCUGCAAAUGAUGUUGUGGGUGAAGCUGUGGUUGAGGUGCAUCAGGCAUCGCCUACGGCCGGCGAAGAGUCGGAAUUGUCUACCGAGGUUGGAAAGAGCGUUCCGCCAGUGAACCAAUUGAUCGGAUUGGAUGAGCUUGUUGCCUCGGAGGAGAACAAAGAUGUGGAAAUGGAGAUGGAAGCUGAAAAUGAGGUGUCGGGGAGGAGUCCGGACGACGCGUUUCUCGCAAUGCUGAAGGAAUGUGACGUCGGUUCUGAUUGCACUUACACAGACGUUGUGCGGAAGUGUUCAAAGGACCCUCGGUACUGGCGUGUCCAAAACCCUGUGCAGCGGAGCCGGCUGUUUGAGGUGUAUCUGGUGAAGAAGGCGGACGAGGAUUUUGCUGCGUCGAAGGAGAAGUACCGGCAAGAGUUCUACGGGAUGUUGGCGAAGCACAACGUCAAAUACUACACGCGAUGGACGACGUGCUCGAGGAGCCUACAAGAGGAGAAGCUAUGCUCGGUGUUGAGUGAGAGGAUCAAGCGGGAGUUUUUUGACGAGUACACUGCGGAGCUGCGCCGGGAGAAAGAGGCUGCCUCGAAGGAGUUGAAGGUGAAGGAGGCUAUGUCGCUAGAGGAUGAGUUCCUUGCCAGCGUGACGAUCUCGAGCGAGUUUGCCAAGAUUGUGUCUGGUCUCGAGGAGCGAUACAAGAACCUCACGAAGGGUGAGAUGCUUUCGAUAUUCGAGAAGGUGAUUGCCGAGCGGGAGCGGGAGCAGGUGGCGGUGGUGGAGGCCGAGCGGCGGAAGAACUACCGGGCCGACCGCCGGGCCCGGGCGGCGUUCAAGCAGAUGCUUGCGGGCCUGAUCGAGCGUAAGGAGCUUGUGCCGACGUCGAGGACGAGGUGGUUCGAGUUUGUGGCGCUGGUGAAGGACCGGGCCGAGUUCACGGAGUUGGCGGGCCACCACGGGUCGUCUGCGAUCGACUACUACUGGGACCUGCUAGACGGGGCGUACGGGGCGUUGGCGGGCCGGCGGGAGCUUGUGCGGCAGCAGCUGGUGAACUCGAACAGGAAGAUCGGCGACGUGGCCGAGGACGAGUUUGUGCAGCUGAUGGCGAGCAGCAGCAAGACGGAGGUGUCUGGUCUCUGCGAGGACGACCUGCGGACGCUCUACGCCAUGCUGCGUGGCGAAGCCGGUGCCUCCGGAGGGGUCCACGGCGGCGCUGGGGCCGGUGCCAAGCGGCCUGCGCCUGCGGACGCCGCCGAGGCGUCUGCAGAGAAGCGGCAGAGGAUCAUGCUACGGACAAACAACGUGUGA